AUGGACUUCCCUCCCCAAAUCCCCGGCGUAUCUCCUCCCUCUUCCUCCCAAACACUCACGCACGCGAAACAACAUGACAACAAUGCCGGGCUGGCAAUAGCGACUACCACCACAGACGACGAACACACGAAUUCCAUCUCCAAUUCGAAAGCCCGUUCUCGCAUCCAGCUAUUGUCAGCCCUUUUAACCGGUGAUGAAUACGACACCGGAGACCCGAACCCGAUUUCAUCCCUGGCGGACUCCGAUCGACCAGCACGAUCCCUCUUGUCCUCCGGCACCGCAUACAGCGCUGUAUCAUCGUCUCUAACUACCUCCCAUGCGUCUGCCGCCGGAGACGGUCCAAUCUGCCACUGGCUGUAUGACACCUUUCUCUCCGAUGAUUCCGACCUCCGUCUCGUAGUCAUCUCCUUCAUCCCUCUCCUCGCCGGCAUCUAUUUUUCUCGUAUCCACUCUCUCUCCUUGCCUCCUCCAUCAGUUGCUGGAUUAGAAGCUGUUCUCAUUGCUGUAUAUUCAUCGGAAACAAAGUCUCGUGCCGGGAAACCUAUGCUCAUUUCCAUCCCCGAUCUCUCUCAACCGUCUCUCUAUCACUAUCCUAGGGUUGUCAACACCAUACAAAACCCUAGCUCAUCUAAAUCCAACGAUAAUUCUCAAUCUCAGCCUUCUCAGCCUACGAUCACAGUCGUAUCACCUCCGCUCGAGCCACAAACAGCUAUAAAAUCAACGAAACGCGCUACGAUUGUAGGAGUUGCUUUAGACUGUUACUACAAGCAGAUCUCUCAAAUGCCAGUGUCGUCGAAACUUGAUUUCUGCAAAUAUGCCACUGAUUGGGCUGGCCAGGAUUGCCCUUGCAAGUCUGAAUUCGACCAAAAACCCCAAACCACCAUGAUUACUGAUACCAUUAGUACAGAAGAAAUAGAAAGCGAGGAGAAUGUUUUGGAACAGAUGAAGAAUUUGCAGAUCAAUGAUGGAUAUUCUAACAAUAUAGCGAGAGGGACUAGAAUUCCACUUCCAUGGGAGCUAUUACAGCCAGUUUUGAGGAUUCUGGGACAUUGUUUAUUGUGCCCCUUGAAUUCUAACGAUGUGAAAGAUGCAGCAUCAAUGGCAGUUCAGUGUUUGUAUGCAAGAUCCUGUCAUGAUUUGGUUCCACAGGCAAUAUUAGCAAGUAGGAGCCUGGUUCAGCUUGAUAAGAGAAGUCGUGAAUCUGCUGCUUCCAUGGUGAAUCCAGUAAGUUCAAAUGAUAGCUCCCCGACUGAAUCUAUGAAACCAGAAACCUUUUUGCUCCCAGAAUGA